UGUAGUAUAUCCCAAAUUUGGGUUGUUUGAUCUAUUCACCACUUUCUCAUAUAUUUCGGUGGUGUGGUUUUGACUUCUCCCAUUAGUGUUUCUAAUCAACCUUUCUUUAAUCGUCACCUAUUCAAUUGGUUGAACCCAACGAUGCCCAAAAAGCAUCUGAAGCCGCAGCCUGCUAAUUCUAAUUCAACGAAGAAGACCACUAAGAAGUAGGUGGGUUUUUUGUUAGCCUGGAGAAGAAGAAUGGAUUGAGUUGUCGGAGAAGAAGGGUGCGGAGGGGCAUCUAUGGCGUAGGAAAUUGUGGGCUAUAUCUUCCACGGGAUCAUCAGUUUUCUCUGAUUCUGGAUUUGACCCGUUUAACAAACUACUAACUUACGACCCCCUGAAAAGAAAGAGUUGACAACAUUGCUGUGGUGAUGGCUGCUGCUAAGAUUCGACCGAGCAGCUUUUCUCGCAACUUUGCGGCUGUACCCAAUUCUCAAAUCCCUGGACUUAAGUAUGGACCAAAUGGCACAAUCUUUGUUUCAUCUGGAAUACCAGAUCUUGAUAAGAUCUUAGGAGGUGGGUUUGCUUUGGGAAGCCUAGUCCUAGUAAUGGAAGAUAUUGAAGCACCUCAUCAUAUGCUGCUAUUGAGGAAUUUCAUGUCUCAGGGUUUGGUUCACAAUCAACCCCUUCUUUAUGCUAGUCCAUCUAGAGACCCAAGAGCUUUUCUUGGUACUUUGCCAGGUCCGAUGUCGUCCAAUGAUGGUAAAUCUCGUGGCAAUGAUGCAGAACAGGAGAAGGGAUUGAGGAUUGCUUGGCAGUAUAAGAAGUAUUUGGGGGAAAAUCAGCAGGAGUGUCAGAAAGGCUGGAACAAAGUCGCCUUGAAUUGUCUUGUCAUAUCUACUUGUGCAAAGUCCAGUAAGGAUCCUUGGAGUCUUGGACAAAGACGAUCUUCUACUUCUUCAUUGCUGGCUUUCCUUCGAAUGAAUGGAGCUUCAGUUGAAGAAGACUCCGCCGGUUUGGAUCCAGCCAGUGUGCAGGUUGUUGGAGAGGAAUGGGCGGUGUGA